AUGCGAUUUCCUGAACAUAAGAUUGAUGAUAAAACAAUAUUAAUUGAUGAAAAUAAGGCAAUUAUGUCUUCAUUAUCAUCAUCACAGCGAGAUCACCAUUCGUCUCUUCAAUGUCACACCUUGCGACAAGACCAUAUGCCAUUUUCAAUAGAUAAAUCAUUACCAUCUGCAAAAUAUAUUUAUAAUGAAAUUGUAAAAGCAAUUGGAAAUAAUGAUUUUAUGGAAGAAAAACGUUUACUUAAACGAUCUAGUUGGAGUCCAUCGAUUUCUCAAGAAUCUGGUUUACCACCUUCUGGAAAACGUUUAGAUAAUGAACAACCAAUAUUACAAAAGAAUAUACAUCGUGUACGUAUGAGACCAAAAGUAGCACGAUAUUAUCAUCCACAAAAACAAGAACAAGAACAUCAAUUACAACAACGAAGACUUUUUGGAAGACCGAUUUCAUUCAAUGAGAAAUAUGAUCAACGUACAGUUGAUCAUCAACAAGGAAAAAUUUCAAGUUUACCCAUGAAACGGACUAAUAGUUUUUCGAUUCAACGACGUGAACCUUCACCCUCUCCUUCGUCAUCUUCAGUUGACACAAUAGUGCAAAUUACAACACGUGGAUCACCUUCACUUGAUACUAGUGAUUUUAUCAGUGAUACGUCUACGGCAUCUUCAGUGACAACGACAAAUACAGUAACAUCCUUAUCUUCACCUAUUCUUUCUCCAACAUCUCGACGCAGAAGUCCAAGUUACGAACGUAUUUAUUCAUCAACAAUUCGUCCCUUACUAAGUGAAUAUCAACAACCAAAUUCACCACGUAUCGAUUACAAGUUUAUAUCACCACCAGUCCCUCAAACAAAUACCAUUCAUCCAUCGUCUACAAUUUCCUCUUCUUCUUCUUCUUCUACUCCUACUCCUACUUCUCCUUUCACUUGUCCAAAAGGUCAUGAACAAUCAUCGUCGUCUCCCAUAGGGUCAUCUUUAAAUCAAUAUGCUGGGUUUACUUUACAAACAUUGAAUAUUGAUACAAGUCGAGACGACAUUGGUUCUCCAACAACAAAAACAACACGUAGCAUAAUGACUAUGUCAAUGUCACCUAAUCGCCAUCAUAAUCAAACGCGAUCCGCAAAGGCUAUCGUCACAUCAGCUCAAAUAACGCCAACCACAAACGUCACAAUCACAGCAAACAAUACUGAUGAUGGAUUAAAGCAGCAACAGCAACGAGAUCAAACAGAAUCGACAAGUGUCUCUAAUAAUAGCUGUUUAAAAUCACCAACAAAUACAAAUAAUAAUUGUCGUAUAAAAAAAUCUGUUCAUUUUGAUUGGCAUUUACCCAGAAAUGUUCGGUCAACAUCAUCACUACCGGUCAAGGAAAGUUAUUGCAGUAGUAAUUAUCGACCAACAGUUAGAAUUGCGUCUUCAUCGCCUCUGUCCAAUGGUAAUGAUUUAUUAAAGCGACAAUCAACAUCGUCAAUUGAGAAAUCUAUGCCGUUGAAUAAUUUACUUGUUAAAACAUCUUCCCUUAAUACAAUUAUUAAUCCACAAAUUCCACAACAACAACAAUCACCAUCAUUAUCAUCAUCUUCAUCAUUAUCAGCUAAAAAAAUAAUUAGUAAUGGUUUUUUCAAUUUUAUUGGUCGAUCAAAUAGCAGUAAUAACAAGUCAUCAACAUCGACCGAAGAAAAUAAACAAUUGCGACGUACAUCGUCCACCCAACUACGUGCUCAACGAAAAGCUAAACAACAGACGACAUUAACAACAGGGACAAACGGAAAUAAACGUCUCAGUGCGGAUGUCGAAUCUAUUCUUCCUGUAUCUUCAAUCAAUAAUAAUCAUUGUGAAAUAUCAAAAGAAGAUAUUCAUAUAUUUGACAAGGUUACAACAAAUCAUAGUAGCGAACGACAAUCAGUGAUGUCUCUUGUCUCAACUACAACGGACAAGAAUAUCAAUGCUACUAGUUCUUCUUACAACGAUUCAUCUAUCCCACUGUGUACAAACAGUAAUGGUAUUAAUAAUACAAUAUCGAUGUCAACGAAUUCGUCAACAACAAUUAUUAAAUCUGAUGAAGGAGAUUCACUAAAUAAUGGUCUUCUUUUUCGACCGGUAACUGAUCCAAAAUGUGAUUAUAUUUUACACGAUCAUCAUCAAACUACAGUACAAAAAGAACCUUUUUUUCUCUCACCACCAAAAUCAUUAUCUAAUGGUGAUGAAUCCACCGUAAUGCAAACAUCAACACUUAUCAUUUCUACACCUCCACAAUAUCAUUAUUAUCUUUAUCCUCCUAUCAAUAAUACAACUGCAUUAUCAUCAUCUUCAUCAUCAUCCUCAGUUUCAUCAUCAUCAAAGAAAAAUUCGAAAAUUAUUUCAACAACGAAUCGUACAAUAUCAAAUCUUAGUAUCAAUAGUCUUAGUACAAAUUCAUCAUCAUCAUAUCCAUCCUACGAAUCUCAAACACAUGAUAAUGACUAUCAACAAUCAAGAUUUUUCUUUUGUAUUCAAAUAAUAAAUGUUAAUAUUAAAACUGAAAAUACAAAAGACAAAGAGAAUGUCUAA